AUGGCCAAACUGCUGGCCACCAUAAAGGCUGUCAUCACCAGGAUAAUUUUCAGUGCGCACGGUUUUAUUGCCAUUUGGCAAGUGACCCAAAAUAAAAAGGAUCCCAUCUACUGGUGCCUGUGUGUCCCAAUUGGGGUGCUCUGUUUCGAGGGGAUUUUUACGUUGGCCAUCAAGAAAAACCAGGAAUGGCGUUGGUUCUGCCCGUCGGUGUUCAUCUAUCUGUCCACCAUCGUUCCGGCGAUUUGGCUGCUGGAGCUGGACAAGCUGGAAAAACGAACCGUCUUCCAGGACCAGGUGCUAAAUGAAACCAUCAAUUUGGCCGCAACCGUUGGCAAGGAUCUGAAAGAGCUGAACAAAAUGCUGGGUGUUAAAAUUCAGCUGCCGGAAAUCCAGCUGAAUGCCGACACUUGGGUCACCCUCAUCGAGCAGUUCCUGAUGUUGGUGCUCAUCAUUGGCCGCUGGAUGCUGCCCAAGGGAGAUUUGACCCGGGAUCAGCUGAGUCAGCUGCUGUUGGUUUACAUCGGAACGGCUGCCGAUAUAAUUGAGUUUUUCGACUCGUUCAAGGAUAGCAAAAUCGCCAACGAACCGGUUCUGGUGCUGCUGACGCUGAGCAUUUGGUCCUGGAGUUUGCUGCAGUUUACGAUUGUCCUGUCGGCGACCCGGGCCCGGAAACCGCGCGGGGGCGGAAGUGGCAGCAGUGGUCAUCGAGGGGGCCAGGAGGAAGAGGAAGCCCACUGCUGCCAUAUGGCGUGCUGUAACAUCGACUGCUGGGGAAUUGCGUUGAACAUUUUGCUGCAGGAUGCACCCUUUCUGACGUUCCGGUUGCUGAUUAUCGUUCAUUACAAAAUAAUCACCUACAUGAACAUUUUCUUCACAUGUAAAAAUACCCUGGUGAUUCUGCUGCAGCUGUACCGUCUAUACGUGGUCCAUUCGGAAAGGCGGAAGUCUUCGGGAGGCAGCAAAAAAGCAGCAUCCAGCAGACCCUCUUCCUCAUCUCGAAAGAAAGCUGCCAGGGGCAGCAACAGCAAAAAACGGCAUUCCAGAAGCAACGGCAAUGGCAAACGAAGCUCCAGCAAAUCCUGCAGCAAGGAAGCUGAAACUCGCGAUAAAAGGAAAGGUAAACGCAAUGGCACCGAGAACGCAGAGAAAGAUGGAGACCGGAGAAGGAAAAAUCGUGGAAGAAAGGCGAUGGACGACCACGAGGGUGAUGAUGAUGGACUGGAGGAAAUUGGGGAGGAACGAAAGAGAAGUCGUAAGGAAUGUUCCGAAAGAAAGCAGCAACGAAGCGAAGGCAAACGAGGCGGCCGAAAGCAGUCGUCGAAAGCUGACCAGGAUCAUCCGGAGCAACACAAUGGCGGCGGCGGACCGGAUGGUUAUCGUCACGGUAAUGACAACGGCAACGACGACGAUGACGACGAUGAUGAUUAUGAGGACAACGACAGGGAUGCAGGUGGAGCGGCCUCGAGUGAGUUCGAAGUGGUCCACGAGAAACGGUCCAAAUCCAAAUCCGGACCGAGGAAGAAGCAGCGUCGCGUUACCAGUAGCGAGGAAUCUUCGGCGUCUUCUGGGUCUUCCUACUCGAGUGAUGCUUCCGAGUGAGCGGGAGCGAUGGGACCGCAUUUUUUUUCAUCCUGUUGAGAAGGGCGGCUAAGCUAAGCACCGGGCAUGCUGUUCCAACCGGAAAUGGCAUUCCUUCAACCGUUUGUUGGUUAGUUUUUUACGAGAGAAGGAGACUAUCUACUCUCGACGGAAUCUGGCGGAUUUGAUGACCGACCGUCAGGAUUUGGCUCUUGAUCUUAGGGGACCAGUGAAAAGAGAAAAAAAAACCGGAAACAACACCACAACGACCACGACCACCACAAUUGGAGUGCGCUUUCGAAACAACGAAACAAAAGCUUGAAUGACAUCGAGUUGAGGUUUUUUUUGUCCCGGAUAACGACAAAGCAAUUGUGCCAUUGAUAAUGAUGCUGAUUGACAAUAAUUAUUGUGGGUGCGUGUAAGUUUUGUAAUGGGCGAGCUUUGGGAUGGUCGUUUCUCAAGAUUAAUGUACUCAAGUGUUUUUAGUGGUUGGUACUCCUUAAUUGAGGUAUAA